AUGGGGGGCGACUUUGCCCUUUUUCUUUUACUAGCCGUCAUUGCCCUGCGUUUCUAUGCCCGCUUCACGGCGAAACCAAACAACUGGUUCGGCGCGCUGGGCCUAGACGACGCCCUCGUCGGACUCAGCUGGGUCGUCCUCUUGCUCACCCAGAUAUUCAUCCAGGUGGCGGCGGGCUACGGCAACGGCAAGCACUAUGAUGCGCUGAGCCGGUACGACCAGGUCGAGGCCAUGAAAUGGAACACCAUGAUUGAUGCCGUCAUUAUUUGGGCGUUUUCGCUGCCAAAGCUUGCCAUUGUGGCUUUGCUACGGAGGAUUCUUAAUUAUGGUCUUCACACCUCGGUACUCCUCUGGGGCCUUACCUUUGUCGGUCAGGCUCUCAUCUUUUCCAUGUCCGUGUUCCUGUUUAUCCAGUGCAGCCCGACGGAAAAGAAUUGGGACAAGUCCAUUGAGGGCAUCUGUCUCCCCGACAGCACCAUGAUUGGCAUCGAGUACUUUGUCUCGUCGUACUCUGCCUUUCUCGACCUGUUUUUGGCCAUAUUCCCGGCUCCGUUCAUCAUGCGCCUCAACAUGCCUCUACGCACCCGUCUUGCAGUCAGUGGUGCUUUGGGUCUCGGUGUUUUUGCUAGUAUCAUCCAGGGCUACAAGUUGAGCAUCAUGGGUGCGUCUUUCAAGUACACGGACGAGGACCCGACUUACCCCCUGCCUUUUCUCAACACCUUUGGCAUCACCGAGGCCUGUCUGCUUCUCAUUGCCGGCUCCCUCCCGGCACUUGGGCCUCUAAUCCGCCGCGCCAAGGACCACGUCGAGCGCAUCACGAGCUCUGGCGGCUGGAGCGUGACCGAGAUUGGGGGCUAUCUAAGCAGUCGCAGCAAGCGCAGCCAACUCGAAAAAGACAGCACGGCCGCCACGCACGACGAGCGCCCAUUGACGCGAAAGGGGAGCACCUUUCACCAUACCACCAAUAACAACAGCCCCACGCCCUUGACGUUUCACGGCUACGAUAUCCACGCCCCGACCACGCGUCCGCACGGGCGCAAGGCCUCGGAGGGCUCGACCGAUGACCAGCGGACCCUGACGCUCGAUGACGACAUUGAGAGCCGCGCCGGCCUGGAUCAUGAUGGCGGCGGCAGCAGAAGCCCGUCGACUGGUUCAGGCUCGGGAUCCGCGACCAACAUGACGCGUCUCAGCCCGCCGCCCAUGCCUCUGGCUCCUCUCCACACGGCGUCCCAUCAUGGCGAUGCCGAGGGCCAAGCGCCGUUUUCCGAAAAGUACGACGACAUGCGCGCGCCUGGUCGUGCUAAUGCCGUCUCGGACAAGCUCAAGGGUGCAUGGCAAGGGCUGAGACAGGAUGGCGGUAAUGUCGUCCUGGCCUGUGUUUGGAAGCAUGGCUGA